AUGGCUGAGUGUGGAGAAAAUGUGGAACCUUUUGUAUUUUUCAAACAUUUUUCAGUUGAUUUUAUGAAGGAUAUUUGGAAAUAUGUGAGUUUUUGAAAGUUUAAAGGGACAUAGUGGGUUCAGUUUUAGAAAAUUUUAGGUUUAUGUUUUCUGGUUUCAAAGUAUAGUAUCUGUCUCUAAUUUUCAAUAAAAUUGUUGAACACACUCCCCUAAAACCAUGAUGUGUGGAAAUUGAUUUGUAAAAUUUUGGCACUUUGCCAAAAACACGUUUCGGACACUUGUUGCGCAAUUCUGGCUUUAGCCUUGAAUGCGGCAUAAAAAGUCUAAUGUAUUGAUUGUACUAGAUUCAAAAGCUGGCAGGAAGCUAUUGCGGCUGUCUGAGACCACCCACGAAAUCCUUGCCUAAACUUGAAUUUUUUUAAUUUGAACUAUUUUUUACACUAAUGACAAAAAACUUUACUCGAUUUUUUCUUUAUUUUCAUAUAUUUUAUUUUCAGCUUCCCUAUCGCGAUGCUCAAAAUCUUCGCCGAACACACAGUGCUUUCGACGACUCUUAUCGUUUCAAUCGACGUUAUAUUGACGGACCAAUUUGCGAUGCUAUCAUAACACAUCAAGGAAAAGUCAUUUUGAAACAAACGGGACGAUUGAUUCAGGGAGAUCACUUUGUAAAUUUGAUUUGCCGCAACCUUUUGAUUCAAGCAGACUAUCUAGUUUUGUCCGAUAUUAGGAGCAUUAUUGGUACUUGGUCAAUUGGAAGAAUCGAGACAUUGGGAUCAUUGCUCACUGAUGAUGUUAUACAAUAUCUCCACGAAAAAGCAGAUAAACUGAAAAUUAAAUCAUUCGGCUACAAUCAUUUCGGAGUGUUCUUGCCGAAACUUGAUUCCGUCCACAUUCAAUGGCCAUCGCGUAUUCAUAACUUGGACAACUUUUUCGAAAUGGCACCAAAUCUGCGAUCACUACAAAUCAACUUGCAACGGAAUGAUUUGAUGGAAUUUUACGAAACUUUGAAGAAAUAUUGGUCAGACAAAAUUGAGAUGAUUGUUAUCAAAAGAGCUGUUAGAGGACCUCUUCUACCAGGACAUAUUUAUCAAGAACAUGCGUAAGAUUUUUGUUGAGAUUGAAUAUUUUUGAUGAAUGAGAAACCCAUUUUACAGUGACUUCAUUCAAGCCGUUUACAUACAUUUCGGAGAUCGCCUAAGAGUGUUUGUAGAUUGGUCAGAUCUCAAAAUAAUACUGUGCCUUCCACACAUUCGUGAAUAUCGCUUCCCUUGA